AGUGCAGCGGCAGCAAAAGCAAAUAAAAAUGGUUAUCCCACGCUCACAUGCGCCACCACCAAUCCACCACCAUAUCCCUAUCUUCUUCCCCUGCAACCAAACCCGUGCCGUGCCGUGCAGUGAUCCUUCCUCCGAGGCACAGGCACAGGGCACCCCCACCGAUCGAUCCAAUGGCAUGGCGGGCGCCAUCCUCUUCACAUGAUCUCACUGUCACACACUUCGAGCUGCUGACUGACCAGCUACAGCUAGCUGUGUGAGCCCCGGGCUCUGCUACAGGCCGAGAAGCCUGCCGUCCUGUGAUCCCCCUGCUGCACAUGCCUCUCUGUUAGCGCUUGAGCUUGACUCUUGUCUUCCUCGCUCGCCUUCUUCUCCCUCUCACAUACUCGCAUGGCAACAAUGGCAGCGCGUCGUCUUCAUCCCCGGUCGUCCUCGUCCAAGAGACAGCAGCUCACCGUUGCCAUUCUCCUCCUCUUCUUCCAGACCUUGUGCUGCAACGCAGAGGCAGUGGGUUACAGCGAGCAGGAGGGCGACCGGGUGCGGCUCCUCCCCGGGCAGCCGGCGAACCCGCCGGUGUCGCAGUUCGCCGGGUACGUCACCGUGAACGAGCGCAACGGGAGGGCGCUCUUCUACUGGUUCUUUGAGGCCCAGACGUCGCCGGAGAAGAAGCCACUCCUGCUCUGGCUCAAUGGAGGACCUGGUUGCUCAUCAGUUGGAUAUGGUGCUGCUUCAGAGUUGGGGCCUCUCAGGGUCACUAGCCACGGGGCAGGGCUGGAGUUCAACAAGUUUGCGUGGAACAGAGAGGCCAACUUGCUCUUCUUGGAGUCUCCUGUUGGGGUUGGUUUUUCCUACACCAACACAUUCUCUGACCUAGCCAAACUGGAUGACACCUUCGUAGCUGAGGAUGCAUACAACUUCCUGGUAAAUUGGUUCAAGAGGUUUCCACAGUUCAAGGGCCGCGAAUUUUAUAUCUCUGGGGAGAGCUAUGCAGGUCACUAUGUUCCACAACUUGCUGAACUUGUCUAUGAUAGGAACAAAGACAAGGCCAGCACAUAUAUCAACCUUAAAGGUUUCAUGGUUGGUAAUCCACUAACUGAUGAUUACUACGACUCAAAGGGGCUGGCUGAAUAUGCUUGGAGUCACUCAGUAGUGUCAGAUGAAGUUUACGAACGCAUCAAGAAGGUGUGCGACUUCAGGAUCUCAAACUGGACCGAUGAUUGUGAUAAAGCCAUGAGCACCGUCUUCAGCCAGUACCACGAAAUCGACAUUUACAACAUCUAUGCACCCAGAUGCAACCUUCCUCAGUCAUCAGCAGCAGUUGCUGGUGAUCAAGAACUCGCAGUUAACGAUCAGGAACAUUUCAGGAGGAGGAUAAGGAUGUUUUCGGGAUAUGACGCAUGCUAUUCUUCAUAUGCAGAGAAGUACUUCAAUAAGGCAGAUGUGCAGAGAGCAUUCCAUGCAAAUGUCACUGGAACUCGAAAAUGGCAAGUUUGCAGUGACUCAAUUUUAAGGUCAUACAAUUUUUCGGUACUUUCCAUCUUACCAAUCUACUCUAAGCUCAUCAAAGCAGGAUUGAGAGUCUGGCUCUACAGUGGAGAUGCAGAUGGUAGGGUCCCAGUGAUCGGAUCGCGGUAUUGUGUGGAAGCCCUGGGCCUGCCUAUCAAGACACAGUGGCAACCUUGGUACCUAAACAAACAGGUUGCCGGAAGAUUUGUGGAGUACCACGGCAUGACGAUGGUGACAAUCAGAGGAGCUGGCCAUUUGGUGCCCCUCAACAAACCAGCAGAAGGGCUUGCCCUUAUCGACACAUUCCUUCGGGGGAAACAGCUUCCUUCACAAAGAUGACAAGAAUGUUUAGUGUUGCCAUGGGGGUUAUUUUUUCCAAAAACAAUUUGUGAAGGAUUGGACGACCUAAGCGUGGAGGUGGAGAGAAAUAGCUUUGAAAGAAGGGCUAGUUUUGACUGGAAGUUGAUAUUCCUAUUGAACAUUGAAUCUUCUAGCUACAUUUUGCAUCUGCGGAUGCCUUGUUUGGAAGUUUUCGGUUGACCAGAACAUUGCAAUUCUCAUUUUGGAUA